AGAAAGACAAGAGUAAACGUCAUCAAGAGGCGCCGCUUAGAAAUGCUAAGUGUUUGUUUAUUUAUUUAGCUACAUUUUGAAGACUGUAUAUAGAUCGUAAUGGAAGUAAACAAGGACGAAGCCGAACGGUGCAUUGAGAUUGCAAUCAAAGCUAUAAAGAGUAACGAAGCUGAUAAAGCGAAACGGUUUUUAGAGAAAGCACAGAGAUUGUUUCCGACACAAAAGGCAGACGCACUGUUGGAGUCUCUGCAGCAGAAUGGUGAUGCAUCCAGUUUUGCAGCAGAUGGCAAGAGUCCUGAGGAAAACCAGCCCAGCGCUAAUAACCACAGUGCUGCAGAGGAGAAGAGACCUGAAUCUGCCAAAGUGUUCACUACAGAACAAGCAGAUGCUGUGAAAAGAAUAAAACAAUGUAAAAACUACUAUGAGAUUCUUGGGGUGCAGAAAGAUGCAGCAGAUGAGGACCUUAAAAAGGCAUAUAGGAAAUUGGCAUUAAAGUUUCACCCCGAUAAGAACCAUGCACCUGGAGCUACUGAAGCUUUUAAAGCUAUUGGGAAUGCGUACGCCGUGUUGUCCAACCCGGAGAAGAGGCGUCACUAUGAUCAGUAUGGUGAGGCGAAAAACUGUGCUGGCAGACGAAGACACUCCGAACGAGACUUCCAGCCCGAUAUCUCCCCAGAGGAUGUAUUUAACAUGUUCUUUGGAGGAGGAUUUCCAUCUAGUAACGUUCACAUGUACAGCAACGGGCGAAUGCACUUCAGCCAGAGGAACGGCGCAAGACGGGAAGAAAGACGUGGUGGCUUGGCUCUCUUCGUCCAGCUCAUGCCCAUCAUCAUCCUUGUUAUUGUGUCCACUCUCAGCCAGAUGAUGGUUACUGAACCUCCUUAUAGCCUCCACUACAGACCUUCUGCAGGUCACACCCACAAGCGGCUGACUGAGACCCUGCAUGUGCCGUACUACGUCAGCGAGCGUUUCAGUCAGGAGUACAGCGGCAUGAACCUGAGGCAAUUGGAACGCAGCGUAGAGGACGAAUACAUCUCCACCCUUCGCAACAACUGCUGGAAGGAGAAACAACACAAGGAAGGUUUGCUGUACCGUGCACGCUAUUUUGGUGACAGUGACCUAUAUCAGAGAGCUCAGAGAAUGAACACACCCAGCUGCUCCAGACUGGCCGAGGUUCAGACUUAAGUUCACUGCUAAUCCAGCAUGAUCCUGGCAGGUAUAAAAUUGAAUCUUCCAAGAAAAGCGGUGGCAAACUAGUGACAUUGAGCCAAGGAGAGAUUUCUACGUGUGUGUGUGUAUAUGUCUGUGUGUGUGUGUGUGUGUGUGUGUAUAUGUCUGUCUGUCUGUCUGUGUGUGUAUGUAUGUGUGUAUAUGUAUGUGUGUGUGUUUGUGUGUGUGUGUGUGUGUGUGUGUGUGUGUGUGUGUGUGUGUGUGUGUGUGUGUGUGUAUUGUUUUGUGUGUUACAGAGAGACAAAGAGAGAUACUUGUUAGUGAAGGAUAAUUUUGUAAGGGUUUGUAAAGAAAAGGAUCUUCUUCCUCCAGCCCUUUCCAGACCUGAGCAAUACCUCAGUUAUUAAAUGAUCCAAUCUUUUUAUCUAUCUGAAACGCAUUUAAUUCCCAUCAGGCUGAAACUUGCAUAGGGUCGUCUACAUAUUUUUAAUCGGUUUCGUAUAGACCACGAUCUAGUCACGUUGCAUUAAAUUAUUAAUUUAUAUAACUGUACAUUUGAGAUUUAGCUAUGCAGGAUUUUAUUGAUUAGGUCACAGGUUAAAUAAGCAUUAAUAUGAAAUGAAGAUGAAUAAAUACUCCAUUCUUUAACCCUUUUAUCUUCACUAGAAUUUACACUGCUCUUUAGUUAUAUAGUAUUUAUUCAAGGAUCAGGAUUUUUAUUUGAAGUAUGAUAUGUCUAUUUUUACAUUUUGCAAUGCUGUCUAAAAAAUCUGUUGUAGUGCUUCUCCUGUGGAUGAGAACAGAACAAUAAAAUCUGAUGUGCCACA